AUCGUUGCUGCUGACAUUAGGCAGACUGACAGGCCAGUGCCUCUGGAGAGAAGACAUCCUGCUCAUGGUCCCACACUUUCCCAGGAGAGUAUGGAUGGUGAGGUGGUGUCAAGGGUGACCGGAGGAGCAGUGGCGAGCCCAUGGGACAUGUUUGCUCCAGCAGCUGAGCUGCUCAGGACCUCCUCUGCAUCUGACGAAUCCAUCACCUCGGAGCCCCUCCCCCUCCAGAAGAGCCCGUCUCUGCUCGACCCCACUCCACAACCAGUCACCCUUGCAACGUUUCCCCUGGCAACCAACACCCAGGUGCCAACCCUGACCCAUGGGGCCACCCAAAGGUCAGGCGAGCACUCCCUUCCUCCUUAUCAAAAACCAGGCCCCUCCCACAGCCUACUCCCCUCCAGUGGCGGCUCCUCCACUGUGAGUCUAUCUACAAAGCACCAACGCUCUGGCAUGAAGCUCCACCACAGUGGCUUAACCACAACACUUCAACUUCCAGUCACGGAGCAGCAGGAUCAGGUGGAGGAGGAUGUUGUGAAGAGGUGUAGGAAGGUUAAGAAGAAGAGUUCUGUGCAGACCCCCGAGGAUAAUGAUAUCACCUGGGAGGAGGAAAAUAUGCAGAAGAACUGCAGCCUGCCCUCCUGGAUGUUUGAAACUCAGGAGGUUUCCAGGAUUGGGGAGGGAAGCAGCUGCAAACGGCAGUUGCAGCAAUAGCCCCCUGGAGGUCCUCCAAUGUUCACAGUGAUGGCACUUCGUUCUCAUAUUCUUAUCAGCUGUGUGGCCGGAUUUCGAAGGAUCUAAGCCAUUUAAAAUGCACAAUUGAGAGCAUCCUGUCAGGCUGUAUCACGGCCUGGUAUGGUAACCGCAGGGCUCUUCAGAGGGUGGUGUGGUCUGCCCAACGCAUCCCCGGGGGCAAACUACAUGCCAUCCAGGACACCUACAGCACCCGAUGUCACAGGAAGGCCAAAAAGAUAAUCAAGGACAUCAACCACCCGCGCCACGGCCUGUUCCUGCCUCUAUCUUCCAGAAGGCAAGGCCAGUACAGGUGCAUCAAAGCUGGGACAGAGAAACUGAAAAACAGCUUCUAUCUCAAGGCCAUCAGACUGUUAAAUAGCCAUCACUAGCAGGCUUCCACCCGGUUACGUAACCCUGCACCUUAGAGGCUGCUGCACUAUAUACAUAGAUUUUUUUUCUUGGAAUCACUGGCCACUUCAAUAAUGUUUACAUACUGCUUUACUCAUCUCAUAUUUAUAUACUGUAUUCUAUUCUACUGUAUUUGCCUAGUUAAAUAAAGGUUAAAUUAACA